AUUACCUGGUCUGUAUAAAAAGAAAUGGUUAUACAUGUUUAUGUGUAUUCAGCUCAGAAAUAUCAUUGACGAUGGGCGUCUCAAAGAUAUUCUUUAUUCUUCUGUUAGUAGCGUGGAGCGUACAGGGUGAUGCUGAAGGUUUCGCCUCUAAUUCUGGAGGCCAAGAGCCCGACACCCGAGUGGUGGGUGGCAAAGACGCCCCAGAAAAGCUUGUGCCACACCAAGUCGCACUAAAAUUCAAAGACGGCUGGACUUUCUGCGGUGGUGCUGUCAUCUCCGACAGAUGGAUUCUGACAGCUGCCCAUUGUGUCAAAAGUCUUAAACCAUCAGAAUUUAUCGCUGUAGUUGGUACAUUAUCGAAAGAUAAAGGUGGCACAAAGUAUGAAAUAAGCAAAGUCAAUGCUAAUAAAGAACAUAACAAGCCAAAAAGAUACGACAACGAUAUUGCUGUUAUAAGUACAAAAGAGGCCAUCAAAUUCAAUGAAUACGUUAAGGCAUUACCAUUACCGGAAAAGGAUGUCACGUCUGGAAUGUCCUGUAUACUGAGCGGCUGGGGUAAAGUUAGCCAUUAUUGGCCACAACCUGAAAAAUUGCAGUAUCUGUAUGUAAAGACGUUAAAUAGUAACGAUUGCAAUAAGAAGCUUCAGGAACGCAAAACCACAGUAGGGUCUAGUCAGAUGUGUACCCUUAAUAAAAGAGGAGAAGGAACAUGCCAAGGUGAUUCAGGCGGCAGCUUGGUGUGCAACGGCACCGCAACCGGCGUCGUGUCCUACAACUUUCCCUGCGCUAGAAAUAUGCCUGACGUGUACGCCAACACAUACAAGUACAUUUCCUGGAUAAAAGACAAUACUAAAUCACCCUAAGCAUUGUCAAUUGUAAAUUGUCAUUAAAUUCAUUGCAAAAAUUA